AUCCCUGCAUUAUUCCUGAGCGGAUUGCGGCGGCUCCUCGCUAGAUCCGCGUCCGCGAAGACGGCCCAGAUGGAGCCCCUGGAAGACGCCCCCCUCCGCCUCCAAGAACCCGCCGCCGCCGGCUGCGGCGUCAUCAUUGGCAAAAUCUGCGUCACCUCCCCCUGCCGAUGGCUGCAGCGGCUGUCCCACGAGCUGCACUGGAGCUUCGUGCUCGCCGUCGUCGCGGUCUAUGGCGCCUGCCAGGGCGUCGGCAACGCCGUCGGCGGCGUCGCCGCGGGGUACUACUGGAAGGACGUGCAGCGCGUGCAGCCGUCGGCGGCCCAGUUCUACCAGGGCGUCACGGACGCGCCGUGGGUCGUCAAGCCCCUCUGGGGGCUGCUCACUGACGUGGUCCCGGUCGCCGGCUACCGCCGCCGCCCGUACUUCGUUCUCGCAGGCGUGGUCGGCGUGUCGUCAAUGCUGAUGCUUUCCCUACACCGCGGAUUGGGGAUCAUGCCGGCGCUGCUAGCCCUGACGGCGCAGAGUGCGGGCGCCGCGAUAGCCGACGUGACGGUGGACGCCCUGGUUGCUCAGAACAGCAUAACGCACCCGCCCCUUGCUUCCGACAUGCAAAGCCUGUGUGGGUUUAGCUCCUCUCUUGGGGCAUUGCUUGGAUUCUCCAUUAGCGGCCUGCUUGUUCACUCAAUGAGCUCUCAGGGUGCUCUUGGCCUGUUGAGCAUCCCCUCUAUACUGGUGCUCUCGGCUGGGAUCCUGCUGAAGGAGAACCAUGUUGCAGAAUUUGACUACAAGCAGGUUCAUAAAAAGUUCUACAAAGCGAUUCAGUCUAUGGGGACAACACUAAAAUGCCCAGAGGUCUGGCGGCCAUGUGUAUAUAUGUUUGUUUCUCACAAUUUGAGCCUGGAUAUUCAGGGAGGAAUGUUCUACUGGUACACAGACCAUGUGGUUGGACCUGGGUUUUCUGAGGGAUUUAUCGGUCUCAUCUAUGCAAUUGGUUCAGUUGGUUCACUGCUUGGAGUUUUGCUAUACCAAACCGCUCUGAAGGACUAUCCUUUCCGCAGCAUACUUUUAUGGGGUCAAGUGCUGUCUAGUCUGGCAGGAAUGCUCGAUCUGGUAUUGGUGACCAGGCUAAACUUGAAAAUUGGCAUACCGGAUUAUUUCUUUGCAAUGAUCGAUAACAGCAUUUCCCAAAUGGUUGGUAGACUCAAAUGGUUGCCACUUCUUGUGCUUUGCUCCAAGCUUUGUUCCCCCGGCAUCGAAGGAACAUUUUACGCACUACUCAUGUCACUACAAAAUGCCGGGUUGCUGAUGUCUGCUUGGUGGGGCGGCUUGCUGCUGCACAUACUGAAUGUGACUCGAAUGGAGUUCAGUAACCUCUGGAUCGCUGUCUUGAUUAGAAACAUUUCAAGGCUUGUCCCAUUGACACUAUUGUUUCUUGUUCCUCAAAGUGAUCAGAACUCAAUGCUCCUGCCUGCAGAGAUGCUUGAUGGUGAUACAACAGAAGCUGUGAAGGCGGGAUCGGUUGAAUUCUCAGUCCUCGUUCAAGAAGAUUCUGGCUGCAUUUCUCCCAAUAUGGUGGCCGAGGAUGGACGAACCAAAAUGCUUGUUGCAGAAAUCGAUGAUGUGGAAUCAAUCCUGCUGGUUAGUAAACAGCCAGACCAUUGAUUCAUGAUGUGUUCAGUGCCAUGAUUUGGCAAAUGAUCCCACGAGGGGAUCCGUCCGUUAAAGAUGGUAAGGCAUUGCAUCGAACAAAGGAAUUGGAGAAGAGAAUUCGGCGCACCAAAAUGUGGGACUUGGAAGUUUCACUGUUGAACAUAGGUGGCAGCUGUCAUGAGCAAGAGUUGACAGAGCUUAAGCAUAGCCUGUUGAUACAAGUUUAGGCACUUCGAUUUCUCCUUGUCGCCACAUAGACAUACUGAACACAGUCCUUCCUGUUAUAGAAAUCCAUUAUUUGAAAUGAUCUGGUGUUUUGAGUAUAUGUUCUUUGGACACCAUAAUAAACAAGCAGAAAUUGUAAUUGUGCAUUUGACCCAAGUCA